CAGACUUUCGUGUGAUCGGAAGCAUUUUGCGCGUUUACUCUAAAUGGUCAUUUGAAUGUUAAGUGAAUAUCGCAAGAAGAGUUAAUCAAUCAACGACAUCAAUCAUCGAUAUUUGGAUAUCAGUGCUAAAACUCUUUUGAUUCAUCAAGAUACUCAACAAGAACAACUUUAAAGUGUUGUUAAUUCAAAUAACCGCGGAAAAACAGACUUUUUAAACAAAAUUCAGUGUGUGGUUGAGAUAAAAAGCAAUCUCUUGUAGUCAAGUACAUCUUGACAUUGACAGCAGAUAGUGACUAUUUGGCACAAAGAGUAAAGAUUGUGUGAUGUUUUUACCAAAAUCCCGCACAAGAAACUAGGAAAAACACAGUGGAAUCGAGAACAAAAACGGGUUUAACCACUUUUGCAUACGUAAUCAAAGAGAAAACAAUUCGUCUUUGGGUAUUACGUUGGCCGAAAGUUCAGUUGCUCGUCAAGCCCAUCAACAAUAGGAAAAAGCAUCAUAAGCGGGGAAUAGAAGAGGAGAAAAUGACACAAUACUUAAGAUUUCGCAAGGCGGUAUCAUAUUAAAAUCCGUCGCGAAGGGAAUGAAACACAGUGAUUGAAGACAUCCGUAGUCAAAGUGAAAAUUGCUCACCCACGUUUUAUGUGCAUUGUGUGCUUCAGUCUUUUCUUUUAUCUCGCAAAAUGAUUCGGGCUAGAUUAGUUGCAGUAAUUCUACUUGUCGCCGGCACAACAGCCGCCGACUUCCUGUCGCAAUACGAGGCGGAGGAGAAGCACGAAGUGUGCAAGACAACGUGCGAUUGCUACAGUGAUGUGGACAAGUAUGUCCUGGAGUGUCCGCGCGAGAGCUCAACAAUACGCGUGAGCUAUCCAUUCUUUAAGAGACCCGUGAAUUACGUCGACAUCAGCUGCAGUGUGGCGGAUGAGGAGUACAAAUCACUGCCCAACAUCACAAUUGAGGACGUCAGUCAGGCGAAGAUCAGCAGCUGCGAACUGCCAAGGAGUGCGUCAAUUAUGUCAGUGCUGAAUCGCCUCGGCGUGCGGAAUAUCAACACACUCUUCAUCAAUAAUGCCCGCCAGGAGUUCCGCAAUAAACUCAUCCGUCAACACCUCAGCGGAUUCGACAAUCUCACGCGCCUCGUGAUCGGCUCGAGUCACAUCACACAAAUCCCCGAUGAUCUCUUUGACGAUGUGCCCAAUAUCAAGUGGCUGAGCUUGAAAAUCAACAAAAUCCACUCCAUUGAGAGUGCUUUUGCCAAGCUGCCGAAUCUCGAGUUUCUCGAAUUGGGUGAAAAUGAUCUGCACACAAUCAAUGAGGGAACAUUUCGCAACAAUUCCCAGUUGAAGAGUCUGAAUCUCUGGACAAACAAGUUGAAAAAUUUGACAAAGGACGUCUUCAUUGGCGUUCAAUCACUUCAAACCCUCGAUUUGAGCUACAAUCAAAUUGAAUCCUUCCACCCUGAUGUCUUUGAUCUCCUGCCCAAUCUCACUGUGUUGCAUCUCAAUAAGAACAACUUCCACGAAUUGCCCGCGGGAUUGUUGAAGAACAACAGAAAACUCAGUGAAUUCACAUUGCUAUACAAUCAGGGAUCAUUGAAGGAGUUUCCAGCUGGAUUCUUUGCCAAUCUCACUGCACUCGCGAGUGUUGACAUCAGAAGUGCAUUGGAAACAUUGCCCAGUGAUGUGUUUAGUGGUUCGGAAAAGUUGAGAAAACUCAAUCUGUCGUACAAUAAAUUAGUGUCACUCCCAUUGGGAUUACUCGCCACUCAGCGCAGUCUUGAGGAGUUGAAUUUGAGUCAUAACAAGCUCAGUGCAUUGGAUGUGAGUCUCUUUGAGUCCACAGUGGCUCUGAUUGACUUGAAUCUCGCCAACAACAGCCUCACCCAUCUUGCCAGGCAUCUCUUCACAUCACUCCACAAUCUCAAGAGAUUGUACCUCAACAACAAUCAGCUCAAGACAAUUCCCAUGGACACAUUUGCGACCACAAAAUCACUGGAAGUCAUCAACAUGGCCAACAAUCAGCUGACAUUCAUGGAAAAUCAACCCGGACCAAUUGAUCUCAAUUCACCAUUUCAACAUCUGACCAAACUCACCGAUCUCAAUCUCAGUCGCAAUCAAAUCCUGCGCAUCUUCCAGGAUUGGCUCUUCAAUCUCAGUCAAUUGCAGCGACUGGACUUGAGCUACAACAACAUCACAUUGCUCACGGCAAAUGACUUGCAAUUCCUCUCGCGCAAGAUCACAGUUUACUUGACACACAAUCAGAUAUCAGAGAUCUCCAUGUACGAGCUGGAGUCCUUCGCCAGUGGCCAGGAUGCCCUCAACAGUCCUCACGAAGUGCCCACGAUCUAUCUGGAUGGGAAUCCUGUGGUGUGCAACUGCCUGAUAACGUACUUUGUGCGCCUGUUGCGCCACGAGUUGGACGAGCGAACGGACAAGAUGGUGAAGAUUGUCCCCGGCUCACUGACAUGCGCCGCUCCGCCACAGCACGCCGGCAAGCUGGUGGCCAGCGUCAAUCCGCACGACCUCUUCUGCGACUACGACACGGACAACAGUCAGGUGAAGAGAUGUCCCGCCGGCUGUCAAUGCCUCGUGCGCACAGCAGACUUGGCUCUCCUCGUGAAUUGCUCCAAUGCCGGCCUCUCCACCGUCCCCGUCCUGCCAGAACCCACAAAUUCCUCCCUCAAGUACAUCAUUCUGUACUUGGAGAACAACUCCAUCAGCAAUCUACCACGAAUCACAGACAUUGGCUAUGACAAAGUGCGUCAUCUGUUUGUGAAGAACAACAACAUUACGAGUAUUGUGAAGGAGAAUCUCCCACCACAGCUUGAAUCGCUGGAUUUGCGAAAUAACAACAUGAUCCACAUCAAUGAGACUGUACUGAAAGCAUUUAACAACACAAGAACAUUGAGAAACAUAUCGCUGAGCAAUAAUCCAUGGAAAUGUAACUGUGAAGCACUCAGUUUGAUGAUAUAUAUCCAGAGUCAAUUCAAGAAAGUGAAUGACUAUGAUUAUAUUGAGUGUUCAGAUGGACAGAGAAUUAACAAAAUGGUGCCCGGAGAUAUUUGCACAGAUGAUGUACAAGCAAUAGUGGCGCUCAGCAUAACACUCGCCCUACUUGGUAUUCUUAUUGGCAUUCUCGCUGCGCUCUACUACAAGUAUCAGCAGGAAAUUAAGAUAUGGAUGUAUUGGCACAACAUUUGCCCUUUCAUCUUCAACAGUGACGCACUGGAUGCCAACAAGAAGUACGACGCAUUCAUCUCCUAUUCACACAAGGAUGAGGACUUCGUUGCCGAUACACUUGUGCCGGAAUUGGAAAUGCGACGGAAGUUCAAUUUAUGCAUUCACAGACGCGACUGGACUGUUGGUGAUUUUAUUCCCGAUCAGAUAAUCCGCUCCGUGGCCGAAUCUCGUCGUACGAUAAUCGUGCUCAGUCCCAACUAUGUGGAGUCCGUGUGGGGCACAAUGGAGUUCCGGACGGCGCAUCACACGGCAGUGAAGGAGAACGUGUCACGUGUCAUCGUGAUCAUGUACGGCGAUGUGGACAGGAGCAAUAUAGAUCCGGAGCUCAAGAGCUACAUUGACAUGAACACGUACAUCGAAUGGGGCGACGCGUGGUUCUGGGAGCGCCUCCACUAUGCCCUGCGGACAGUGAAGACCAGCAAGGGUGGCGGAGCAGGUGCACUGUUCAAGACUUCGAUAAAGAGCUCGGUAGACGAUAAAUUAGAAUUAAUUCACCCAUCACCAAUCACACCACCGUCAGCAGCAUCACCUGUCGACAGUCCCAAGCUCAACGGGUCACUAUCGUAUGCGCGAAAUGGCAAAGUGGCCAAUGGUGGCCUCAAUGGACACGUGAAUGGUGCAUUCAUCAUCAAUACGAACAGCAAGCAAAGUGAUGUUUGAUUGUUAAUUGAUCGUCACAAUCAUGAGAGCAUUUCCUCAGGCUAUACACCACAUUUUCGAGCAAACUAUUCCUCAUCGUGUGACGGAGUGUUGUUGGAAUUUUAAGAAAAAGAACGGUAUAGAGAUUGUGCAUGAAAUUGUGUCCUUUUCCCCUAAAUUACAAUAUAUAUAUAUUAUAUGUGUGUGUAUUGAUAGAAUAACUAUAAAACUAAAGACGAAAUAUUAUUAAAUGUGAUAUCGAUAUUUGUCAUCUCUCUUUCCCGCAUUCUGACAACUUUUAUUAUGCACAGCAUUCACACGUGCUGUAAUUCUUCCCAUUUUUAUAUGAUUAUGAUUACUAUAGAAACACUUCAUCACGUAUUUAUCAAGAGAAAAUGCAUUUGAAAUAUAUAAUUUUUUCCCCUCACUUCACUCUCAUUAUAUUUAAUAAGAGUAUGUGUAACUCGCUAUAAUUGUAAGAUGUGUAACUAUAACUUAUAAGAGUUUAUAUAUCACGAGAAGUUGAGCCUAUAUAAUUGAACGUAUAAGAAAAAAAUCAUUUAAUCGUUAAGCAUUUCUAGAUAGAAAGGAUUUAUUAUUACCUGAAGAUUAUUGAUUGUAAGACGUAUAAGAAAUUACUAUGCUGCAUUAUUGACUGAUUCACAUUGAUGCUCAGACAUAUUGAUAGAAUAUUAUAUAUAUAAUAGGUGUUUAUUGAGACAAAGAUAGAUAGAAAUAUGCAAUGAUCGUAAUGAUGCUUUUGCUUUUCACACACACACACUCAAUCAAACAAACAUACACAAAAGCCCCAAAUUUUAGUCUUCAUUCAAGUUUCUUCACUACUCGAAAUUUUUUUUUUCGCAGUAUAAUUAUGAAAAAUGGAAUGAUUUUUAUACGUAAUGUGAGAAAAAUUACAUGAACAAAGUAAUAAAAAGUUGCCAAGAUAAAUUCGUCUCUUUUCUCC